AGCAGAAGUGCUGUCACCUGGAAAUAAAAGCAGCAGCAGCAGCAGCAGCUGUGAACAAGUCUGACUGCUAACGGCUGGAAAUGUACACAUGGGCAUGUUGACCUGAAAUAUGGCGUACAGAUUUGACCAGAGCAAAGUUGGUGGAAAACAGGAACUUUCAGAUUCAUAUCUCCAGAGGGACCCGAGCACUUCCUGGUGGGCUGACGGACCGGACUGCAAAGACCAAGCAGAUUCUCUCAGGGAGCAGCUCAGAGUGACGGAUGAGCAUGUGGCCAGGCUUCAGGCAGAUCUGAGAUCUGAGCGUUCAAAAAGUUCCCGUCUGCAGCUGCAGUGUAGCCAGCAGGAGGCGGAGUUGAAGCGCAGAGAGAUGCUCUGCAGUAGACUGAAGGAGAGGCUCACACAGCUGACCGACAGACACAAAGGCCCAUCCAUAGAUGUAUUAAACGCCCCUCCUGGAAGCAGGGGCAAAAGGGAGCAACUCGGCAAAUCGGUCAGGUUUACUCCCAGCAGGCGAGAAGAGGCUGCGCUGCGCCUGAUGCUGGAGCGCAGAGAGGCCGAGCUGAGGGAGGCCAUGAAGCUGCGCCACAGCCUCACCACUUUGCUGCACGCACUGCGAGUCGACAUGGAGCAGUGGCUGCCAGAGUUUUUGGAUAUUACCCAAGAUGGAGAGAAAAAGUUGGAUGAAACUGAAGCGGCGCUUGGCGAGCACCUGACUGGAGGAGUGGUUCAGAGCUGGAGGCUGGUGCAGAAGAAGCUGCAGAGCAUCCUGUCCGAAGGUCAAACGGCUGCUGGCACCGACCACGAUAAGCUCAUGGCUCAGCUGGAGAUCGAACUGAAAGAAAGUCAGGAGGUGGUGAGACUGCAGCAGCAGCUUCUGCAGGACAGCCUGGCCUCCACAGUCCCGUCCGAACUCUCGAAUUCCUACUUUUUGGAGGAGUGGGAACGUCUCCAGAUGUCCUGGGCAGAACUGACUCGUCAGAGGAGGACUUUUGAAAGGGAGCGCCAAGCGUUUACCGACGCUGCCAUUCGGCUGAGCCACGAGCGCCGUGACUUUGAACAACAACGGGGCCUUUUCUUAAAGCAGCAGUAUCUGUGUGAUUUGCCUUUGUUUCAUAAAGAAGCAGCAAACCGGAGGGACAGCAGUGCUUUCAAUUUCUCUGGUGUGGGAGGAGCCAACUUAUCCGGCUGCUUUCCCAUCAGCCCAUCGCCCAGCGACUCUGGGGAUGUUGCUGCUCCUGAGGGAAGGGUCAGAGUUCAAACGCCCAGCACACCUCAGCUGUACUCCGCUCUCAAUCUACCAUAUGAUAAGCAGUCCAGAGACACUGAUCACCGCUCGGAGACGUGGGAGGGCGGCGUUGACAGGAGACCACACACAACCUGGCCUUCAUUUUUGAACUGGUCGUGAUACAAACUGCUGCAGUUACAGCACGUGCCACCUUCAAUAUUUGUCUUUUUAACAAAUUUAAUAAAAGCAUUUAUUUUUGUUUUAAAA